UCCUAUCCGAGAAGUUUAACUAUCUAUCGUAGGGUCGACUAUCAUUAAUGUCAUUAGUGCGUUCCGUUUUAGCCAAAGAUCAUAUAAGUACAAAUAUUAAUCAUUAUCGUAAUAAUGUAUGCUGUAUAUUAUUUUAAUUGCGUAAAAUCGAGUGUAAAAAUAUCCAAAACAAUUUUUGUUUUACUAUGAAGUUGAAAUAGCAAAUCCAGUAAAUUAUUUGUAAGUUACUGAGACUGGUCGUAAGUAAAUACCUACAGACCUGUGAGAGUGACAAAGCGGUCGCGUAGCCUGUACCUAUAUAACUCAUGAAAAUUAUCUUAUGUUUACACUAUUGGCACAAACGAUUAAAGACAGAUCUAUACACCAACAGCAAUUUUAUCUCUUUCGAAAAUUCGUCAUUCGUAAUCAUGUAUCAAUAAAAAUAUUUUACUACGCACUUUUUGAAACUACUAAACGAUCUACGGUAGUUGAAUUUAUUUUUUUUAUAAAACAUGAAUGGGAGUUCUGCGGACUCGGAUGAAAACACGGCGGCGAUUCGAAUAAACCUGAUGCCACCGAAAUAUAGACUGCACAGGGACGUGAUAUUCACACUGGAAGAUCUCUAUGUUUUGCCGUUUGGACUUGAUGUCGGUUUAUUGGGCGUUUCGGCUUAUUAUAUGACAAAGUUAAGGAAACCAGAACAGUGUAAUGUAGUAAGUAUAUUCGGGCCGGAGCCUUGGAGCAAAGAGGCCGAGGAAAACCCAGAGAAAGUGGUGCGAUGCAUAGCACACAGAGGAGCUGGGUUGGACGCGCCCGAAAACACUUUGGAGGCGUUUAAAUAUUGUGUAGAAAGGGACUGUAAUUUUAUUGAGCUGGAUGUGCGCACAUCGCGAGAUGGUCGGCUGGUGCUACUUCACGACCAGGGCCUGGAGAGGCUGGCAGGUGCUGACAUCACCAAUGUACAUUUGAUGGACUGGGAGAAUAUUAAUACCAUUGAUAUAGGUGCUACACAUCCCAAUAGGCAUUUGUUCAAAGAAGUCCACUUGUGUUUGCUGGAUGAGGCUUUGGACUAUCUGCUGGAGAACAAGGUGCGCAUGAUCAUCGAUGUGAAGGGGGAGGACAGCCAGGUGGUCAGUGGCAUAUUGAAGGCAUAUUCCACGAGACCCACUCUCUAUCAGUAUGCAGCUGUGACGUGUUUCAACCCUUAUAUACUAUAUCAGAUACGUAAAAAAGACCCGGAGAUCGUGGGCGCCAUGAGCUACCGGCCGUAUGGGUUCAGCGCAGCUGAUUACGACGCAGAGAACGGACCCACCAAUCCACGGUUCAACGACAACGUGCCCCUGCACGCGGCGCUGCGCGUGUGCGACGCGCUGCACGCGCUGGUGUGGCGCUGGGCGGCGCGCUGGUGCAACGUCAGCGCCGUGCUCCUGCACAAGGACAUCGUCAGCCCGAGCGAGGUGCACUACUGGCGGCAGCUGGGCGUGCGGUGCGCGGGCUGGUGCGUGAACCGGCCGCUGGAGAAGCUGUACUGGCGCGGCGUGCUGCGCGCGCCCUACCUCGCCAACACGCUGCUCGGAGAGCCCGACAUCGAGAAGAAAUCUGAAGAGAAGCAACAGAAGGAUGAUGAGAGUCUAGACCGGGCCGGGCCGCUCGUCGACAAACUGUUGGAGCCGGAACGGAAGAUGUCCUCCGGGCAAAAUUAAAUUUCACCGUAAAACAUACUCUAAAGGCGCUUACUCACUACAAUAUUUAUGUCUAAAUCAAUAUUUAUGUAAGGUUACUGUGAAAUAAAUUAUAAAUAAAAUCGAAAAAUAUCGAUACUAUUACGAUGUUAUAAAAUGCAAGAGUGUCAUGUGUAAUGUAAAAAAAAUGGGGUAGACGAAUCAUUUCUUGUAAAUUUGAAAUUUAGGGCAUUAAAUAUUAAUUUUUUUACGGAAAUUAUCGCGGUUGACUUUAUGACGUGUAACUAGUGGCACGCGAUAAGAGAGAUUCUCAUUUGAGUGUUUUUUGUCGUAGAUGGAGACCCACCGUCGCCACUUCGACACCACAGCGAAACAAAAAACUAUAAAAGAUAUGGAAUGAAAUAAUUGUGCGAAGGCCGGUUUGGUUAGUCGAUUUGUAAUUAUUUUUUGCAACUCAUUUUUGGCUACAACCCUAUUUUGCCUUAUUUAUAUGUAGGCAAUGCCGGAUGAUUAGUUCUGCACAAAAUAAUGCAGGCCGGUUAAAUAUUUUAAUAAAAAAGAUAGUUUGUACAUCGAAAGGUGUAUUUAGGGAUGAAAAAAAAAAUAAAAAAAAAAUUGCAAAAAAUAAAAACAAAAAAAAAUGGUAAAAAUAGGGUUACAUGUAAGAACAUUUUUGUUCUUUAGUCAUUUUUAUUAAUAUCUGUUAAUCUUAGUUUGGGUUGUUUUAAGAAUAUUUUUGAUUCUCAAUUUAAAAUAAUUUAGAUAAAUAUUGAAUGUGUUGCAAAAAAGGGAAAAAUUAAACAACUAUUGAUGUUGUUUUUAAUGAUGUUAACGAAAUUGGCUGGCGCACGCCAACGUGAGGCUAACACGAAAUGUUUGUAUUUAUUUGUAUAGGUUAUUUUAUAGUAUUUAUUCAAAGACAAAUAAAAUCAAGUAAUACCGUUACCUGACGCAGAUUUUUUUUUAAUUUGUGAAAGGACUAAGAAUGAUCCCACAGAUAAAUAAUAUGAGAGGCUAGAAAUCGUUUGAAAUUAUUCAAGUAUUUUAAGUAGGUAUUUCUCUAAUACCGUCCGAGUAAGCGUCUUUACACUCGUGCUUGUUUUUAUUAUAAUAAAUUAAAUGGUUUUAAGAAAAGUCUUGGAAAGUAUAUGCACUUAGUUUUGAUAUUGUUAAAUUUAUUGACCCAUUCUAGAUCAAACAAGAAGGCCGAUUACGGGUAAUACGCAUUUUUUAGAACCUGUCAUAUAAAAAUAAUUUGUUUCAUGAGAAUAUGUUUAAAACACAAUAUGGAAUAAAUUUUUUGUCGUAUAACCACUAUAAAAAUAUUUAAAAUCAUGAGAAUAAUGUCUUUACCUCCGUGUUUAAGUAUUUCUGGACCUAUCUUUUCGAAUAGUGUUUUUUUUUAUCACACUUGCAUUUUAUUUUGUGUCAGUCACAGUCCAGAAAUGUUUGGUUUAAUUUGGUUUCGAAUGGGUUAAAAUAUAUUUUAAUUCCGUAUUUAUUAUCACGAUUUUGUGUUGUAUUUAAAAAGUAUUAUUUUUUGCCAAAAAAACAUGUAUAAUAUGUGUUAAAUUAUUUAUUUGAUUGCACAAAUUCUUGUCGUUAGUUAUAUAUUUUUUUAAGGAUUGCAAAGGUAUGAAUAGGAGACCACUGUGCAUGGAAUUUGAAUUAAUAAAACACGUAUGUACCACACUAUCUAUAUAUUCAUAUAUCGAACAAGCCAAUUAUACAAAUUGUAUCUAACGUCAUAUUAAUGACAGGAACUAACAUUAUAUGUUGUAGGAAAUUUAAUUUAGUUUACAUUUAAUAUAUUUCAAGCAAUAUUAAUAUAUUCACAAUGUUGAUAGCUUUACUAAUUUUAAAUCAUUAUAUCGAUAUCGACUUUGUAUAGUACACAUCACUAGUAUAUCAGUGGACUGAUGGCUGAUGCUCGAGGUAGCUUACAAGAUACUAAAUGCUGAUAAUUAGUUUUACUUAACAUUGGUUGCAUCAGACAAUAAUGUGAGAAGUUCAGGGUGCUGAGUUUGACGCAAUGUAUGAGAGUGACGUCGUGACGUAUGGCCGUCGACUCUGCUUUGUAACAACUAGAUUUUAGAAUAUUUGUAAGUGGAGUGACAAACGCACGGUGAUUUUUAAGUUAGAUAUCUGCUGUUUUUUUUCAACCAAAGGCUUUAAUUACAUGCAACUGAAACGUACAUAAUAUACGAUGUAUCGGUUUCCGUGGACAUAUUAUAUCGAACAAGUUUUAGCUUUAAAUAUUUUUCAGAAACGUUGCGUUUUGUGGAAGGUUUUUAAAUUUGCAAAGAAAGAAUGUUAUCAUUUCACCUAAUAAAUAGGUAACGAUACUGUAUUGUUUAAAUAAUAUGUUUUUUAUAUUUCAAUAUAAAAGUAAAAUUUCUAUUGUGCCGUCCUUCGCAGAUGUCAAAAUCGUUGUCGAACGGACGCUGUCCGCUGAAGAUAACCCUGAGCACGGAUUUACGCGCUAUCGUAUAGUUAAUGCAAUGGUUUUAACAAAUUAAUUUUUGUAUAGAAAUUCGAACAGCGCCGUGGUGAGAGUAUUGGGAACUAAAUAAAAGGCAGUGUGAACAUUUUCCGCGUUUAAAAUUCUAAUUAUUCGUGGAACCUUAGUAACGGUUAACAUAAAAUGUAUAGAAGUCGGCAGUACGGUUUUUUUACGUAUAUUAUUGUUAAAUUAUCAAGCAAUACGUUAACUUACUUGACACGAAUACAAUAUGAUACCGCGUAAUUUCCUGCUAGGGGUACUUAUAUGGCUUUUAUGUAUAACGCACCAGACUUCAUUUUAUAGGCAGCUCAGUGUUGGUUUUUCAUUAAAUUCUCCUUAAUGCUCGUCUUUGUGGUAUACUAGCGACUUGUGGACGUGUUGCGACUGUCCAAUAUUUUCUUUAUUGUUAAUGUGCACAUGGCUUGCGCAUCGCAGUGUCGUGGCGGACUCUACGCCAAUAAUGUCUGUUUGAGUAUUACGUUAGUACCAAAAGGGGUGGGUGUCUACGCUUUGCUUAUUUUCGAGGAUAUGGGAACGAGGAUUCUGGAUAGUGAUUACGUGAGCAAAUAUUUAUUUAUUUUUAUUAUAAGUAAAUAACAAUAAUCAUUGACAUAAAUUUUGCGAAAAUUAUACCUACGCUUACGUAAGGGUUUCAAAUACAAAAAUUUACUCGUGUAAUACUUGAAUGGCCCUCUACAUGUAAUAUAUUCACGGCGAAUUUGCUGCAAGCCGUUGCACCUAUUUCUCAUGGCCUUACUGGAAACACGUUCGCAUAUCGCCAGUUUGAUAAUAUAGUGUUUUGAAAACGCGCACUUGCUGUUAAUAAUGCUAUUUAUUCAAAAUAUUAUCGCUUACUAUGUUAAAUGUCAAAAAUACCCAAGAGUUCUCCGAGCAGUUCGUGCGCUCUCUCGAUAAUCGAUUACCAUGUUUGUACAAAUAUUAACUUUAUUUGUGUGCGUGUAUGUGUUGCGUUCAUUUUGUGAUUUAUUUCAAUAAACAUUGACUUGUUA